GCUCAUUUCAGAGAGCACACUUUUCAGCAGCACCAAUCCAUCUUUAUAGACACCUGAUGAGCAUCCCCUUGGAACUUUCCAAGCUACACUGAAGGACACUUGUCAUAAUUCGUAUUCACUCGGUGUGUUAGGCGCCACAAGAAAAACACUUAGGUGACUGGACUUCUGGAAAAAUGGCUUUUUGGUGCAGGUGUUUGCUUUUGCUGUGUUUGUCUGCUGCUCCUAGCCUUGCUGCAGUUCAGACCUGCAUGGAUAAGCAUCAGGUGGUCGGGGUGCUGCGACAGAUGGAGAAGUUUCUGAAAGGCCAGGAGCUUCGGUUUACAGAAGGCCUCCGGAUCAUGAAGUCAAAACUGGCGACGCUACAGAACUCUGUCUCCAAGCUGCCCCAAGCAGACCAAUCAGCUGCCCCCGCCACCUGCCCCCCACUGGAAGAACCGGAUCACGGAAUCAAGUUUGGCUCCAAGCAUCUGGUCGGACAUGAGGUGCAUUUCACUUGCUCACAGGGCUACCACCUCGUGGGCUCGGCCACACGUGUCUGCCAGGACAACGGCACGUGGAAUGGAGAGGGCGCCUUCUGUAAAGACAUUAGCGAGUGUGCAAGUAAUCCCUGCCAAAAUGGAGGAACAUGCGUGGAAGGUGUCAAUCAGUACAAAUGCACCUGCUCCAAGAACUGGAGCGGCUCCCACUGCCAGCACCAAACUCAGACAGCUCCUCCAGAGUGGAGCGUCAUGAACGAUCCAGCGUUUAGCCGAAAACCUCGCUGUGCCCAAGUGAAUCGAGCCCAACACUGCAGUUGUGAUGCAGGUUUCCACAUGAGUGGCACCUCUGAUAACAGUAUCUGCCAGGAUGUCAACGAGUGUGAAGUCUACCGUCUGGACCAGGGAGGGACGUUAUGCGUUCAUGAAUGUGUCAACGUCCCGGGCUCAUACCACUGCUCCUGCCCCAGUGGCUACAAGUUGCUCCCAGAUGGGCGGAGCUGUGAGGAUGUGGACGAAUGUUUAAACCAGCAGCACAACUGUAGCCGAGGAACAACAUGUAUCAACACGGGGGGAGGCUUUCAGUGUGUCAACCCAGACUGCCCCCGCUCCCAUGGCAACAUCACCUAUGUCAAAACAUCUCCCUUUCAGUGCGAGAGGAACCCCUGCCCCAUGGACAGCCGCUCCUGCAACCUCGCGCCUAAGACCGUCUCCUUCCACUACCUCUCCCUCCCUUCCAACCUGCAGACACCUGCCACCCUUUUCCGUAUGGCCACUGCGGGGGCCCCCGGGCGCACGGGACCCGACAGCCUGCGCUUUGGCAUUGUAGGAGGAAACACCCGAGGCAUCUUUGUCAUGCAGCGCUCUGACAGGCAAACGGGCGAGCUGAUACUGGUCCAGCAGCUGCGCGGGCCACAGGAGAUCAGCGUGGACGUGGACAUGUCGGAAUACACCGACCGCACUUUUCAAGCAAAGCAUGUGGCCAGAGUCCACGUUCUGGUGUCACCUUAUAACUUCUGAGGAAGGUGAGGAACUGAUUGUGCUGAUCACCUUCAUCACCUCGCAGGCCGAGCCUGGCUUCAUUUUAAAGUUUUAAGAGUAAAAAUAAGCAAAACACUGUGUAACUAUUAUACAAUUAAUAUUACUAUUAACAGCAAAAACAACAGCGCUUGGCAUGUCACUGAGUAAAUUUGGAACAGCAACACCACAUAUUGCAUAUGCCUGUUAUUUAUCAUUAAAAUGCAUGCUUUAUUCCUCUAAAAAAUAAGAAUUAAGAUUUUUAAUGCAUCCGUUAUAAAGAUGAAAAGUUAUGGGAACUGUCUGGAAACUUUCCAUAGGAAGUUACAGUACCUCACAAAAGUGAGUACUGUACACUCCUCACAUUUCAGCAAACAUUUUAAUACAGUAUAUCUUCUCAAAGGAAAAUGCAAAAAAAUUCAACAAUAUACAGUACUUUAGAGUAGUAGCUUGUACAGCAGUAUAGAUUUACUAUCCACUAAAAAUAACACACAGCAAUUUUUAUCUAAUUCGCUGGCAACUCAAGCGAGUACCAAGAUAAUUGUGUCUUGCCUACAGUCAAAUGUCAUGGUCUGGGGAUGCACGAGUGCUGCUGGCAUUUGGACGCUGCGGUUCACUAAAAGAAACAUGAAUUCCAACAUGUCCUGUGACAUUCUGAAGCAGAGCAUGAGCCCCUCCCUUGGGAAAGUGGGCCACAUGGCACUUUUCCAACAUAAUAACGAGUCCAAACACCUUGGAAAUGACAAGUACCUUGCUGAGAAGCUGAAAGUGACAGUGAUGGAGUGGCCAAGUAUGCCUCCAUCAGCAUCACCAGAGAUGUCAUCAUGGAGGAGUGGACGAAGAUUUCAGUAACAACCUGUGUAGCUCUGGUGAAUUCCAUGCCCAAGAGAUUAAGGCAGUGCUAAAUAAUUAUGGUGCUCACCCUAAAUAUUGGCACUUUGGACACAAUUUAGAAAUGUUCAUUGUGGGGUGUAAGCUGUACAUUGAUUACUCCAAAGACUACUGCUACUACAUUAAAGUUUCAUUUUGAUAGUACAAUAGAUACCUGGUUUUUGCAAGGGAUACCUCCCAGGAACACUUGCGAAUAGCAAUGCAAGUAAUUGAGACUCCCAUAAAUAUGUCUGUUUUGUUUUUCUAAUACAAACCAACACUCACAGUGCAACCAAAAAUAACACAGCAAGUGAGAAGCGUUUCAGAAUGAACGCUUACACACCCACAUACAGUACAUGUAAAACAACAUCUAAUUACACAAAUUUUAGCUUUCCAGCUUGCAGCGCUGUGGGCUUCUCAGCAUGUAUUGCGGGUUAUUAGUUAGUACAAGGAAAAACAUUGUUUUGCAAAUAUAUGAGUGUGUAAGCAUCUAUUUCAUAUUUCGCACAGUCUGUGUGGAACAGUUAUAUUGUGUGUUCCAAGUUUUACUUAAUUGUGUUAUUUUUGGUUGAGUGAGGAAUGCAUUUGGGUUGUUACUCCUGUUGGUUUGUGAUAUGUGAGUAAUAGUGUAAUUUUCAAACUGAUUCAGUGCAUAUAAAGAACACCUCCUCAAGCAAGCUGAA